GGGGCGUAUUCGAAGCACCAGCUUAGCAUCUCGCCUUCCCUGGGUGCCUAUCGGGGUGGCUCGUUGCCGAAUGUGAACCAGAUGAGUGGAGGGCCGGCCCAUAGCAUUGACCUGCAGGGGGCGCUCAGUCACCUCGAGGACAUGCGGCAAGGCCGCGAGGCAUCUGCAGUGCUUCCUGACCGACCACACCUUGGAGCUCAGGCCGACGUGUCGCCGUACAGCUCGUCUCUCUACCUUUCCCCGCCACCCGACACCAGUUGGAGAAGGACGAACUCGGACUCAGCACUGCACCAGAGCGCACAGACUCCUCAGGAAAACUUUCCCGGAGUUGGGCCUGCUUGUGGGCAGCGCAGAGGUACCGACCCUGUCACAGCUCGGGAAUUGGACCAGAUGUACCGUGACUGUUCCACACGAGUUGAUGGCUUUGGGCAGGAGAUCAUGGGUAUGCAGGACUUGAACAGCAUGGCCAUGGAUGGAAUGAAUAUGAAGGGCUACUGGGACCCAAAGGGAGGAGGGGGAGGUGACUGCUAUGGGAACAGCCUUUCCAGUAUGGGAUGUGGAAUUUCAACACCAGCAGCAGCAUCAGCAGCACCGACCAAAAUCCUGUGA